AUGGAAAUUGUUACUGCACCUGUGAGUUCCAUUUCUGAGAUUAUUUUCAACCGUUUGUUUGAUGCAGCAGGCCGUCAGAUUGGUUACCUGCUCAACUACAAUGACAACAUCAAAGCAUUACAAAAGCAAGCUCACGAACUCAAGGCUACCAGAGACAGCAUUCAAGUUAUAAUUGAUGCUGCUGCAAGAAACAGAGAAAUUAUCUUACCUAAUGUCCAAAGCUGGAUAUCAGAGGUUGACAAUGUCUUUGCAGAAGCAGAAACGUUAUUGGAAGAUGAAGGCAAUGCGAACAAGAUGUGCUUCAGAGGGUGGUGCAUCAAUCUCAGAUUGUUCUACCGGUUCAGCAAGCAGGCAAAGCAGAAGAUAGCCAAGAUCACUCAGCUCCAAGAACAUGGAAAAUUCCAAACUCUAUCUCAGCCUGCUCCUCCUCCUGCGGGCAUUAUCUCUCCAACUGUGGGAUUUUCUGGAAUUUUCAAAUCCAGAGAAUCAAUCAAGAAUGAAAUUAUGGAGGCCUUGAAGGAUGACAAGGUCAGCAUAGUUGGAAUAUGUGGGUUGGGGGGUGUGGGUAAGACCACACUAGUGAAACAAGUUGGCAUACUAGCCAAAGAGCAAAAGUUGUUUGAUUCAAUAGUUAUGGUGGUUGUGUCCCAAACCCCAAAUAUCAUGAAUAUUCAAAGAGAAAUUGCACACAUUCUGGAUCUGAAAUCAUUAUCUGAUUGUCCAAGUUCUCUAUGGGAGAGAAUUAAGGGGGAAAAACGAAUCCUCAUAAUAUUGGAUGAUAUUUGGAGAAGAAUUCAAUUGGAGGAGAUUGGCAUUCCUUUUGGGAAGGACCAUGGAGGUUGUAAGAUCGUGCUUACCUCUCGGAGGAAAAAUGUAUGCGAUCAAAUGGGCUGUGACAAGACAUUUACUGUUGGAACUUUGACAAAACAGGAGUCAUGGUCGCUAUUCAAGGAGCUUGUUGGAAUGGAUGCUGAAAAUUCUAUUAUAAGCUCAAUAGCAAGAGAAGUAACUGCUGAAUGUGAUGGUCUGCCGAUUGCAAUCGUGACCGUAGCCAGGGCACUGAAGAACAGGGAAUGCAUGAGUGGCGUGAUGCCUUACAACAACUUAAAAGUUCAACAUCAACAAACAUUGAAGGAAUGCAUGAAAGUCGCCCAAACACAACCAUACAUUCUUAGUGAAAAUGCUGGUACUAGUUUGAAAGAGUGGCCAAAAAAAGAUACAUUCAAAGAUCUCAUGUGUAUCUCAUUGAUGUUAAAUGAUAUUAAAGAAGUACUAGAUGCGAUAGAAUGCCCAAUGUUGCAAUCGUUACUACUACAACGAAAUUCCACAUUGGUUGUCCCUAACAAUUUCUUUCAAGGCAUGAAAAAUCUUGGAGUUCUAGAUUUAAGUGAAACUCAAUUAUCGCCAUUGCCUGAGUCACUUUCCUUUCUUGUAAACCUUAGAACUUUGUAUCUUAAUGGUUGCAAAUUGGGUGACUUAUCUAUAAUUGGAGAUCUUAGCAAACUAGAUAUUCUUAGCCUUUAUGGUUCUAAUGUUAGGGAAAUCCCCAUAUCUUUUAGGCAAUUAACUCAUAUGAGGCUUUUAGAUUUGAAUAAUUGUAAAAAGUUGACACGAAUAACACUUGGUGUCAUAUCCUCUCUUUGUAAAUUAGAGGAGUUGUACGUUUUGAAAAGUUUUAGACUUUGGGAUUUAGAAGGAGAUGGGGGAGAUUCAAGAAGCAAUGCGAAGCUUGCUGAGUUACAAUUCUUGAGGAAAUUAGAAGACAACAAUUGUUGUAUUUACAAUUGUAGCUUUGUGAGUGAGCACAUAGAAACACUAGAAGAGAUUGCCAUGGUGUACAGGAAGUUGGCUCUUGUAUCCGGCAUUCAAAAUUGGUGA